AUGGCGCAGCGGUUCUGGGCGCUGCGGUGCUGCUCCUGCCGCCUCUUCCAAGUGCAGCAGGCCAAGCGGAGCGGCAAGUGGAGCUGCAGCGUGUGCGGCCAGCGGCAGGCGGUGCAGAAGGUUUACGGCCAAGGGUCUGGCCUGGACUGUAGGCACCAUGUCCAGAAAUUAAACUUGCUGCAGGGUGAGGCAGAGGAAGCAAUUGGUUGGACAUCUCGGUGCAUAGAAGACUCUGUAAAUGACAGGAAAAAUACAGCAGCCCAACGUGAAGACAGUUCGAUCCAGCAGGAGGGAAGGGCUGAAGUCAGUCGCUGGAGUAAAUAUCUGGACGAGGACAGUGAAGAUCAGGCAGAUGGGGAGGAGGAGGCAGGUACAGAAAGGCAACAGUUCUGUUCCCGGAGGAAGAACACUAUGGAAGAACAAAGGAAACACCAGAAGAGCUUCCUCUCCAGUGAUGUUCAGGGGUAUGCAGAAGAAAAUGGAGUUUUCCAGCUUGCCUACCAAGCCAAAAAGGUUAAAACCGCUGAGCGCAAGAAAUGUGUAGUAGCAGUGCAUGAUCAAGACGAUGGAGAUGCUGUUUCUGGAGACAGUAUGGUUUCUGCUGUCUGUGAGUCCGUAGUGCCUGAGGAGAAUAUGCAAACCCCAACUGCUUGUACUGAACCCUCGAAGUGGGAAAAAUUUCUCUCAUGUUCUGACAGCUAUAGUGAAAAUGCUGCCAGGGUCACCUUGUCACCACAGGAGGGCAGUGGAAGGCUGGGGCUACACAGCACCACUGCAGCAGAUGCUGGUGUGGCCAGUAGAUGCUCAGAACAGGCUGGAAGAACUCUACCUCCAGGUAGAGGUUUUCAAUUUAAAAAGUGUGUUGCUAGCACUGAGCAGCUUGCCUCGAAACUGCCUGGCACCAUGGUGCCCAGAACCAGUUGCUCAGUUGAGGAGGAUAUGUUCUUCAAAGAGCCUCAAAGCCAGUCAAUAAGGGCAGGAUCUGGUGGUGUAGAAACAACUGCAGGAAGGUGCUGUUUGGCUAGUGUGAGGAGGGCAAACACCCUUGUUAACUGUAAUGCUGGUCCAAAGCCUAGCAACAUUUCUUGUGAACACCUCUUCUGCACAGGUGAUGAGUUUGAUGAUGAUCUCUGAGAAGGCAUCUUUGGCAUUUCUUUCUUAUCUCUAUAUUUGGUAUGUUGAGUACUGAGGCAAGAUUUUGAACUGAAGGUGGCUUUACUCUAAGCCUUACAGAACUGCACUAUUAAAGCUGUUUACUUGC